AUGAAGUUUUAUUAUUUCGCUUUUCAUAUUCUUUUGGUGACGUGCAAUCAGCUUGCAAUUAAUUUCGCCCAGGCUGAACCUAGUGAUGAACAAUUCCAAAGCUGUAAUGGUAGCCUAUGCAUGCAAGGAAUGUGUUUGGAAGUCAACAGCAUAAAAAAAUGUUUAUGCUACCAAGGGUUCACAGGACAAUCAUGCCAAAUUGCAAUUGAUGGCUCGGAUUAUCCUUGCAGUAGCAAUCCAUGCACAGCUGGCCGAUGCAUUUCCUAUCAGGUUACAGGAGGAUCUGCCUAUUUUUGUAAAUGUCCUUUAGGAAUGAAUGUUCCAGAAUGUUAUAAUAGUACCACAAGUUUUCAAGCUCAAGCUUGUCCAAGCAGUUGUACAGCAAGGACUUGCGAAAAUAGCGGCGUUUGCAAUCAAUAUUAUUCUUAUGCCACUACCUACUGUACUUGCCCAUCCGGAUCGACCGGAAGAUUUUGCGAACAAAACUUUCAACCAGCCUGUACCCCAAAUACCUGCCAAAAUAAUGGAAUAUGUCAUAAUAGUUAUAAUAAUCAGAACUAUCAUUGCCAUUGCAAGUACCCGUUUACUGGAAAAAAUUGCGAAUAUAGACUAGGAUGUUCUUCUAAUCCUUGCUUAAAUGGUGGUAAUUGUAUUGAAAUUGCUCCUACUUAUUCUUACCGAUGCUCCUGUAGUUUAAAUUUCACUGGUGUUAACUGUGAAGAAGACUAUAAUGAUCCAUGCGACCCUAAUCCUUGCAGUAGAUAUGGAGUCUGUGUUAGAGAUAACAGAAACUUUACGUGCAGAUGUCAGCAAGACUAUCGAGGACCUACGUGUUCCUAUAAUUAUAGAGAAGAUGGAUCGAUUCGUCUUUAUGGAAAUACUCCGCAAAUAUACCAAAGCGGCUAUUGGGGAUAUAUUUGCGUUGAUUCUAUCAACUAUUAUAGUGUAGGACGAGUUAUAUGUCAUCUAACUGGAUACAGAGAUAUCAGUUAUGUUGAUUCCUACUAUGGGUAUUCGACCUAUUUCACCAUGAGCUAUCCAAAUUGCCAAGGAAACGAGCAUUCAUUGUUUCAAUGCAAUUACGGAAGGUUAAGUCAAUCUCCAUUCCACUGUAGUCGUCGACUUGCCGUGUCCUGCUAUAAUUAUGGAAGCUGUUCUAGCUACGAGAGAAGUCAAUGUGCAAUAUCAAAUAAAUUGUGUCAACCAGCAAGUUCUGGAUAUUCAUGUUAUUGUCCGAAAGGUUAUACUGGCACAAAAUGUGAAACAUAUAUAGAAGCAUCUUCCGGAGCCAUACGUAUAAGAAAUCAGAACUAUACUAUUAUCUCUCCCGCAUCAAAUAAAACUUCUUCUGGGAUACUAGAAAUCUUUUAUAAAGGUUAUUGGGGUGGAAUCUGUGAUAGUAACGACGAAAACGUGGCCAUGGCGGCUUGUAGGCAACUAGGCUUUUCUGCUGGAAAAAAGUCUUCUACCUGCUGUUCUUCUGUUUAUAAUUCUAAAAUUUGGGUCAAAGACAUGCAUUGCAGUUCUGAUGCAUCAGCAAUCAACCAGUGCUCUUUUAUGUAUGGUACAAAUACAAAUAAUUGCAAUAGGCCAAUGAAAGUGGAAUGUCAACGAGCAACUUGUAAUCCGAAUCCUUGUCAGAACGGCGGAAAUUGUACAUUGUCAAUGAAUGGUACAAAUCCUACAAUUAUUUCCUAUUCUUGUUCAUGUAUGCCUGGCUACAUUGGUGAAAAUUGCCAAUAUAGAGAUCCUUGCUUUAUUAAUCCUUGCAAAGACAGCGCAACCUGCUCCGUACAUAAUGUUACUGAAUUUAGGUGUGCUUGUCGCUAUCCGUACGUAGGGAAACGCUGUGAUUUAGGACCAUAUAGAAGAGGCUCUGUAGCAUUAAUGGAUGGCUCCUCAUACAGAACUUACGGACGCGUACGACUUUAUUCACGUUUUGGUUCGAGGGCUCUUUGCAGAGAUGGAAUGACAAUGGCUGUUGCUCAUGUAAUUUGUCAAAGCAAUAACUUAGCCGGUGCAUUAGCAAUUUCAUAUGGUAUAUCAUAUGGCUAUCCUUCAUAUUCUUACGGUGCAAGCAAUGGACAAUGUACCGGCUAUGAAACAUCUUUAUCAGAAUGUCCCUAUUUUAACUUCGAUUCUAACAAUUAUUGCCGAGAUCUGUAUGUUGGAGUUCAAUGUUCAACAACUGAUAAUUGUGCAUCUAAUCCUUGCCAAAACGAUGGCAAAUGUAUCAAUAUGUUCUACGGAUAUCGUUGCAACUGCACCAAUCAAUAUGCUGGUACUAUGUGCCAAUUCAAUACUUCUUCAGUAACUCCCGGUUUCGCGACACUUGUAAACGGUUCUACGCGAUUAAAUGGAAAAGCAGAAAUUUUUCUAGAUAAUCAAUGGGCUACUGUGUGCAGCGAUACGGUGACAGAGAAAGAUUUACGAGUAAUAUGCCGGCAAAUGGGCUACGUCUUCGCUAGCUCACGUAUAAUUAGUGCUGGCAGUAAUAACACCAACAACAGCAGUUUGUAUUAUAGCCGCCUUCCAAAAUAUAAUCUGAGAUGUGUAGGUAAUGAAAAAUCUAUUAUUGAAUGCCCUUAUCAGUCUAUUAAAGAUCCUAAAGGUUGCUCAGACAAAAUCGUGAAGAUAACAUGUACAGGUUAUCAGAAAGAUGGAGAUAUCCGAUUAGAUUCUGAUGACGAUACUAAAGACUACGAAGGCUUCGUACAAGUAUUUUAUAAUGGCACUUGGGGAACUGUAUGCAACGCUCAAAAUCGAUACGAACUAGCUGGAAAAAUGUGCAUUAUGUUAGGGUACUCCAGCUACUCCUCGUUUGAUUUUCGACAAUCUACUGAUAUGCUAGGACCAGUAAUGUUAAGCAAUGUAAGCUGUACUGGAAAUGCGAGAAAUUUGUAUCAGUGUGAUAGUGCGGGUUGGCAUAGUGUUCCGAACGAAUGCCAAGACCAUGGGCAAGAUUUUUACAUCAGAUGCUCCUUGAGUAACUUCUAUUGUCGGGAUAAUCAAGUCAGUAACUGUAAAUCUUACAACAAGUAUUGCAUACCAAUGUAUAAUUCUCCAAAUUAUCAAUGUCGAUGUCCAGCUGGCUUUACCGGACAAUACUGUGAAACAAAAUAUGUUCCACCAGUGGAAGGCAGUAUUCAGCUGGCAUAUAAAGUCGAUUACGCCUAUAAUAAGGCAUAUGGUGUUCCUUUACUCUAUCAUAAUGGUAUCUGGGGCGGAUUUUGUUUAAAUGGUUUUUCCGCAAUAGAAGGCAGAAUUUUAUGUCGACAAAUGGGCUUCACAGACUAUUUAUCUCGUAGUUGUUGCCAUAAAAACAUGAGCACUCAUAACAAAAUUUGGGUUACAAAAGCACAAUGUACCGAUAAAGAGAAAAAAAUAACGCAAUGCAAACUUACAUACGAAACAGACGCAAAUUUAUGCGAUGGUAACAUUCGCCUUUAUUGCACACGUCAACUUUGCCCUCCGGGCUAUUGUGAUCGAGGAACAUGUACUUACAACACAUCCAUUGCAGAUGAUGUUACAUCGUAUCAUCAGUAUUGCAUAUGUCCGCCAGGUUAUUACGGAAAUCGUUGCCAAUAUCAAUCAGUUUGCGAUAGCAAUCCAUGCCUGCACGGUGGUACCUGUACUAAUAAGUUUCGCGCACAUCCGACCUUCGCGGGUGUUAUCCUUAGCUACUAUGAGUGCCAAUGUCAGCAGGCUUAUUUUGGCAGCAGUUGUGAAAAAGGACCUGCUAAGCAUGGCGACAUAGAUUUAGUUAGGCCAUCAGUCACUUCUCCGGACAGUACAGGCCGUGUUAGAGUAUAUUUGCACGGAAAUUGGUAUAGUAUCUGUAAUGAUAACUUUACUACAUCUGCAGCUAAUGUUGUUUGCCAGCAGCUACGUUAUGGUAAAAGUCUUAUAUAUAGUAACCGCUACGGAGAAAGUCUAACUGGUAGAAUGAUUAGAAAUCUUCGCUGCACUGGCUAUGAAUUUUCGAUUUCCCAAUGCCAAUACUCUCUAGAUAAUAUUACCACAACUGGAGUAUGCCAAAAAGAGAACGCUAUUGGAGUAAGCUGUGCUUCAUUGUAUAAUCCAUGUCAUGGGAUAAGUUGUAAUUUAGGAGUAUGUCGCAAUAUGGCCUACGGAUUCAAAUGUGAUUGCCAUGAGUAUUUCACUGGUUUACGCUGUGAAACUUAUCUUGGACCGCCAUUUGAAGGAGAUAUCAGACUUCGAAAUGGUAAAACGAUUACAGAAGGUCGGAUUGAAAUUUACCGCGGUAAUCAAUGGAACACAAUAUGUGGCUCAGCAUCUAUUGGCGAUAUUGGAAGAGCGGUUUGCUAUCAAUAUAAAUACAGCUAUACUGAAACCGUUUAUAACGCUUAUUUUGGUACUGGAAAAGCUUCUUUGGGGAUACUAUCGUCAAAUUGCUCGGUUAAUGCGCCCAGUACGACGAGUUGCCUUUUCCAGAAUGUAACUAAUAUGUCGUCAGAAUGCAAUCACGGAAACGAUCUUGGUGUAAUAUGCAGCAUUGCUGAAGGAACCUUACGCCUUAAAAACGGAACUACCAGCUCUGGAAACUUAGAAAUAUACCACAGUAAUAGUUGGGGAGCCGUUUGUGAUAUAGGAUUUACAAAGAAGGCGGCCGAAGUUGCUUGUAAACAACUAGGAUUUAUUGGAAUGCAAGAUUAUUUUUGCUGUUCUAAUUUCGGGUUUCAUAGUGGAACAUUUUGGCUUCACGGGCUAAACUGCAAAGGCGAUGAAUCAAGACUUAUUGAUUACAAUGCGUGCUACAGCAAUCCAUGUAGCAACGGCGGUACUUGUAUAGGCAGUAAUAAUGGUCCGGGAACUUAUAAAUAUAAUUGCCGAUGCCCACCUAAUUUUACAGGAAAGCAAAGCCAAAGCAAAUUAUUGUGUAGCAUGAAUCCAUGUGGAAGCAAUGCAACUUGUCAAGAUCUACCUUAUGGCUAUAGUUGUUACUGUCCUGAUGGAUUCCACGGACAGAAUUGUUCAGAAAGAGUGAUGAAUGGAGAUGUUAGACUAUCAUCUAGAAUAGGUGACAAUAACGUUAGACAAGGAACUGUCCAAAUAUAUCAGAAUGGAACUUGGGGCUCUAUAUGUGAUGAGACUACAUUUAAUAUACAAGCUGCUAGCGUUAUAUGUAGGCAAUUAAAUUUCCCUUAUGCUACUGCGUAUUACAAAAGCUCAUAUUUUGGUCCAGUCCCGGGAAAAAUAAUUUAUGGUGGUGUAACAUGUAAAACUGGAAAUGAAGAUUCUAUAACAAAAUGUAAUCUUAAUCGCCAUAUUCCUGGUCAGUGUGAUUACAAUGAUCUGAUAGGUAUCGAUUGUUCAGGCAACGCUUGCGAAAGCUCACCUUGUAUUAGCGGUGUAUGUGAACGACUGAAAUCUAAACCGUUUUAUCGAUGUACCUGUCAUCCAAGCUAUACAGGAAGAAAUUGCGAGACAGCAUUAGUUGCCGAACCAGCUAGAAUAGUUGGAGGACCUAAUCGUUAUACUGGUCGCUUGGAAGUGUUGUAUAACGGCACAUGGGGAGGCAUCUGUGAUUAUCGUUUUACCAAAGAAGUGGGUCAAGUGGCUUGUAAACAGUUGGGAUUUAAAGGUUUUUCAUCUAAUUGGUGUUGCUCUCGUUAUGGAUAUCCACAAAGCAUAUUACUGAGUAAUAUUACUUGCAGAGGAGAUGAAAUUAGUUUGUCUAACUGCCAACGUAAUCCGUGGGGUGGCUCGCAAUAUUGUAGCAGGCAAAAUUCUGUUAGCGUUGCAUGUUAUGGUAGCCCUUGCACAGCUGGUGUGUGUCCUAACAAUGCUACAUGUAUAGAAAUGAGUGGUUAUAAUGAAACUGGAUAUACCUGCGAAUGUCCUCCUGAUUAUUAUGGUAGUAAUUGCCAAAUUGGACCAGUAGCGAAUGGCGCUGUUCGCUUCAAUAGUCAGUAUUAUAGUUCUGAUACGGGGCUUGUACAAGUAUUUAUUAAUGGGGAAUGGGGCAGUAUAUGUUCUGAUGGAUUUACUGCUAAUUCCGGUGAAGUAAUUUGUCGAGCAGUCAAAAAAGGGAAAUUUGUACGUCAACUCAGUUAUAACCAUGAUCGCAAUACUGGAAAAAUAUUGUUUAGUAAUCUGAAAUGUAAUGGUACUGAAAACUCGCCUAUUGAAUGUCCUCGCUCGUUGCCCAACCCUAGCCGCUGCAAUUCGUAUAAUAAAGCUCUAGUUAUAGAAUGCACAAAUUCCUACUGCGAUAGUACCAAGAAUCCAUGUAGCGGACAUGGUACCUGCCAUUCCAGCAAUGAGACGACUUAUAAUUGUGUCUGCGAUCCAUUAUACACUGGCAAAGACUGUGCAAUAUAUUAUACUCCAUGUUCUAGCAAUCCAUGUGCAUCGCAGGCGAGUGGUAGAGCAAUAUGUGUGGAUCAUCUCGAUAAAAAUUAUUACUCUUGUGAAUGUCCGAAAGGUUACAGUGGCUAUAACUGUUUAUUUUAUUCUGAAGUUAUUGGAAUUCGUGUAACUGACGGCGUAAAGUACAAUCAAGGGUUAAUGGAAGUCUAUAAAGAUAAGGCUUGGGGAACAACUUGUUCUAGUCAAUGGAAGUAUAGUGCUGCUCAGGUUGCCUGCCGUCAACUUGGUUUUGCCAAUAUGCAGUUAUCAUGGGGACCGUGGAGAUUUAUACAAAAUGAAAACGUUAGGAUUGCUGUUGGAAGUUUUAACUGUACUGGUAACGAGCCAAACUUAAACCACUGUGGACAAAGUAAUGAAUUAUUAAACCAAGGAUCUAAAUGCAGGCCAAAUACAAUAAAUAUACAUUCUGAUGUAUCAUGCGUUGAUGAGCCUUUAGAUUCUAGCCUUCGAAAUGCAAAACAGUUGCCACCAAAUUACACAUGUCAAACAGCAAUUUCUCCUUGUGCUAGUUCUCCAUGCAUUCAAUCUAAUACUACUUGUGCUAACGUCAUGCAGCCAUCGGUAGGUUAUACCUGUAUCUGUAGUAGUGGUUAUUGGAAUGGCCAAAAAUGUAUCACCGAAAUACCACCUUCGGCUGUUACACUAGAAGCUAGUGUUAAUUUAGUAACAAUCGGACAAAUGAUAACGCUAGAAUGUUCUGCCUAUGGUCGACCCCGACCAACUAUAAGCUGGCUUAAAAAUGGAAGACCUAUCUAUGUUUAUGCAAACCCAAACAUGACUAAAGGCAACUCCUCUAAUAACUUAGUGACUAAAUCAACGUAUUUCAUACGGUAUGCAAUACCCUCGUAUAAAGGCGUCUAUACUUGCCAAGCAACCAAUAUGGCCAAUAGUCAACUAGUCACAAGCAAUUCACAAACAAUCAGAUUCAACUGUUCUUCAAAGUAUUGUUCCGAUCACGGCCAGUGUACAAUGGUAAAUGAUACGGCCAUCUGCAGCAAUUGUAACAUUGGUUAUAUCGGAACUCAUUGUGAAAUCAUGCAACCAUAUGUUCCACUUCGGGCAGUUUCGAUUCAAUCUAAUGUAACAGAUAUCUAUCGACUGGGUCAAAUAAUUGGGUUAGAGUGUCAAACUACAUCAUAUCCUUCACCAUUUAUAACCUGGACUAAAAAUAAUAUUCCUCUAUCUAUCGGAGAACAUUAUACCACUAUGAAAAGGAUUGGUUAUUCUGCAUACUAUGAGCAAAAGUCUGUUUUAGUUAUUAAUGGUUUGAAAGUAACUGAUAUUGGUAUUUAUCGAUGCGAAGCUAAUUAUCAAUAUAAUGCAUUCGGCCAAUUGCAUAAUAUAACAAUGAAAACUAAAGAAGUUGCUAUAGAAAUUAGCUGCUAUCCUGAAAUUUGUAACAACCGAGGACAAUGCAAUCAGUCUAAUAAUGCACCAGUUUGCAGUUGCAAUGUUCCUUAUACCGGACAGCAAUGCGAAUCAUCUUAUAUCCCAAAACUUGCUUGUUUACCUAGAACUUGCUUAAAUGGAGGAAAUUGUUUCAUGAUUGGAAUUACGCCUGUUUGUAGUUGUGUCACUGGGUAUGCAGGAAAUCGCUGCGAAAAUUGGUUACAAAGUGUGCCUUUGCAAAAUGUUCAAGUAAUUUCCAAUACUUCAUUAUAUACUGUUGGCUUGUACGCCAGGCUAGAAUGUCAAGCUACCGCACGCCCCAAGCCAAUCUUUACCUGGACGAAAAAUGGGAUCCCUAUGACUCCUGGAAAUAACACAAAUAUUAUCGAGAUCAGCUCUAAUACUAGUGCCAUCGUUAAAUCUAUAUUAAACUUUAGACCUUUAACAUUCAAUGACAACGGGCAAUACCAAUGCGUAGUUCGUAAACCUGAUAAUACUACGUUUACUUUAAGCGCGGCCUUGAAUAUUGAUUUCUCUUGCUCUCCCAGCUUUUGCGUUAAUAAUGGACAGUGUACCAUGCAGAAUAAUAGACCAACAUGCAGUUGUUCAGGAGGCUUUCAAGGGAAUAAUUGUCAAAGUGCAGUCAUAGGUUUAAAUACUCCAUCUAUUAUUGGCAUUGCUGCUGGCUCUGCCGGCGCCCUCUUGAUUCUCCUCUUGGUAGCUUACUUUUUUAUGCGCAAGAGGGGAAAUAAUAUUAGUUCCGAUAACAAACGUGCUAAGACUUCACAAUCCAAGAGUCGAGAUCCUAUUUAUAGAGAAGAAUCAGGUCAAAUGACUAUGAGCUCAUCAGGAGGAAAUCAACACAUUAAUCAAACUUAUGAAGAACCUGAGGAGAUGGCUAAAUUUUAG